AUGCCCGUUUUACCAGUACAAUAUGGUGUAGUAUACCAGUGCAAUAUGGCAUCGAUUUCAGAUGUCAUGGCACUGGUCAAGUUGAUAAUUAACGAUAAUAUUGAUGAUAAUCAACAAUCAAUUUACGGCGAAUCUUCUAAAUUAAGUACAGAAUUGAUAAUUAAAGCUGAAAUUGAUGAUAAUCAACAAUUAAUCAAACAUCAAAACAUACAAUUGGAACAAUUAAAAUCAGAAUUGAUUAUUAAAAAUGAAGAAAUCGAAUACAGUUCACAAUCACUUGAUGCAGAAUCCAUCGAUUAUUUGAGUAUAGAAUUGGUGUAUAAGAAUGAUAAUGUUGAUGAGAAUGUCAAAAAUGAAAAUCAACUGCCUACGGAACUAAUAAUAAAGGAUAAAAUAUUAGAAGAACGUGAAAAUGGUUUAGCAGAACAUACUAUAAAACCGUAUUCAUGUAAUAUUUGUAAUAAAAAAUUUUCACAAUUUCAAAAAUACACUUUUCUUGAGCAUAAACGUUCUCAUAAGAAGGAAGAACAAAUAGAACAACAUUAUUCAUGUAAUAUUUGCGAAAGAAAAUUUUCCGAUCCAAAAAAUUUGAUUGAACAUAAACGAUUUCGUCACGCGAUAGAAACAAAUCCAGAAAAACCAUAUUCAUGUGAUGAAUGUAAUAAAAAAUUUUUUCAAAAAUAUGGUUUACUCGAGCAUAAACGAAUUCAUCAGAAAGAAUUAUAUUCUUGUAAUGUUUGUAAUAAAGUAUUUUCACAGAAAUACGGUUUAAUUCAACAUAAGCGAACCCAUAAAAAUUAUUAG